AUGUUCCUGGUGCUGCCAUGUGGCACCGAAUCGAUGGGUCUUCCGAAGUCAACCCACUCACUUCGAAACCUGCAGCUUCACGAAACUCAUGAGCACCGAAACACAUUCGGUGGGUUGGGGGCAUACAACCGCCCCACCACCACCUUGCUUCAAUCACACGCUACCUCCAACAAGGAAGACGCCGCGUUCGCCGCCGCAAAUGGCGCCGCGUUCGUCGGCAUGAUCCUGUGGCCCAAAGCGAAGCGGUCGAUCGCCUUGCCAGUGGCGGCGCGAGUCGCGGCGGCCGCGAGGUCUGGCGGCGCGGUGCCAGUCGGCGUGUUCGUGGACGAAAGUGCGGCUGAAAUCGAAGCAGCUUGUAGAGAGGCCGGAGUGUUCGUCGCGCAGGUAUGGCUUCUAUAUGGAAACGCUACUCGCCAUAUCUAA